AUGGAUAAACAGUCGCACAUCGACGAAUUCGGUCGGAAGUAUAUUUGCGAAGAAGCCGUCAACGCACAACAUGAUUUUCUGCGAAAUCCCAAUCAACUACUCACUUUUUCUCUCCUGACCUACUGUGACCUGAAACACCACAAAUUUUGCUAUUGGUUUUCAUUCCCUGCUGCGGUUCAGGAUAAGAAGCCAAAACUUUUUUCCAAAGCUUCAAUCAUGAGCGAGUUUAAUAAAGUUCAGGUGGCCAAUCUUCUUGUGCGAUACGACGAAUGGCGUAGGCAGAGCAAUGAUGCCUUCUUUUGUCUUCACUUCACCCCUGAUGACCUUGAGAUUGCUAACCUCGGUACCCUCAAAAUUGGAAACGAGACUCAUUACAUUGGAUUUUGCGACCCUUCUAGCCAUGAGGACUUUCCAGGAUGGGGCCUCAGGAAUCUCCUCUUUGCUCUUUCAACUAUCAUAAAGGAAAGUCAGACCUUAAAAAUAUUGUGUUUACGGGAUCGUUACGCCAACCAGGAGCGAAUCAUAUCCAGUAGCUUCGUUUUACGAAUUAGCAUUGAGCCAGAAGCUCUCUCCAAAGGUGUCAAAUUCGUGGGUUGGGAGAAGUGGAAAGGCAAGCUACAGCCGCGAGUGGUCAAUGUCAGUUCGACUAUGGACCCAGUUAAACUAGCUGACUCGGCGGUGGAUCUAAAUCUGAAGCUCAUGCUCUGGCGCUCGUUGCUCAUCAUCGACCUUAAUGCACUCCAUAAGACUCGUUGCCUCAUUCUGGGCUGUGGUACUCUAGGCUGCAAUGUGGCGAGGCAACUGUUGGCAUGGGGUUUUCGAAGUAUGACCUUAGUGGACAACUCCACCGUCUCUUACUCGAAUCCUGUGCGACAGACCCUCUUCACCUUUGAGGACGCCAAGUCUGGAGCUGAAAAGGCUCUUGCUGCUGCCGAAGCCGUUAAGCGUAUACUUCCCACUGUGGAUGUGAGGUCAUACAACCUCACUGUUCCAAUGCCUGGCCAUCCUGUGUCAAAUGCUUCCGCCGGCUCAGACGCAUCUAAGCAAGUCUCCAUAGUGCGUGAAGCCUGUCAGAAGUUGGAUGAACUUGUUCAAAGUCAUGAUGUCAUCUUUCUUCUGCUGGAUACUCGUGAAGCGCGUUGGCUUCCCACCUUGCUUUCUACGUACCACAAUAAGUUGGCAAUAACGACUGCGCUGGGGUUUGACAGCUUCUUGGUUUUGCGUCACGGCGUGCCUCGCGAUCACGGAGUCUCACCAUCCUCAUAUCAGGCUCCUUCAGGUGAUAAUGUGACCAGAGGAAUCGAUGGAAGUCGUUUGGGUUGCUACUUUUGCAAUGACGUGGUUGGACCUGCCAAUUCGACUCGAGACCGUACUUUAGACCAACAAUGUACCGUUUCUCGCCCUGGUGCCUCAAUGAUGGCUUCUGCUUUGGCGGUCGAAUUGUGUGUCGGUUUACUGCAGCAUCCUGAAGGACCUUUUGCACCUGCCGAAACACGUCCAGACAAUGGAAGCACGAUAUCUCAAGGUCUCACCUUCAGCUUCCUUCCCCACCACAUUCGCGGUUUCUUGUCCCAAUUCUCCGAGGUUGUGCCUUGCACAACCGCCUUUUCUCGGUGUUCUGCGUGUUCGCAACCAGUGCUUGAUGCCUAUGCGAAAGAGGGUUUCGAUUUUUUGCUUCGAGUUUUCGAUGACGCCACCUACCUGGAGGAGGUUUCAGGAUUAAAAGAACUGCAAGUCGAGACUUAUUUUGAUGAAGUCCUUGCACUAAGUGACGGGGACUCCGAUUACUCUGUCCCCUGA